AAAAACCAAUCAAAAUCAAGACUUGGUAAUGGACCCUUGUUUUAAGUCGAGAGGGUCAUUUUCUUCCACAGUUUUGAGAUUUAGUUUUUUAUUUUAAACUGCGUUUGCUUAUUUCAAAUCAUUUUUCGCUGCAGCGAUGAAACUGGCAGAUAUUAAAAAGCUAAAAGUGACCGAGUUGCGGUCCAGACUUGUAGAACUCGGCUUGGAUAGCAAAGGUUUGAAGGCAGAGCUCGUGGACAGACUUUGGUCUGCAACAACAACAAGCGAGUCACAGCAGGACGGAGCCCCGGCAGAAGAGGCGAAGCAGCGGAACUUGACGACAUCCUCGCCGUCAUCAGACGUCGAAGAUCUGACCUCUUCACCGCCUGCGGAAGCUGAUGUUACUGCGCCACUUAAAGCAGACCGUGUCCGGGAGUUCACAGACUGUGCUACACAGACGGAACCCGACUCAGAUCCACCAUCGGCACUACCCACCUGUGGUUCUGAGGGGGAGACUGUCUGCCAAGCUGAGGGUCCACAACAUGCAGAGGAUCCAGGAGAGCACGAAGAUCUGGGCAGGGGAAGAGCUUUCUAUGAGUUUAAAGAGGAGAUUCGAUACAAAAGAGCCAAAUCGCCACAGGCUGUACAGGAGAACGACGUUACUGAGCAACACAUUCACGACACACUCAGGUUUGAUCCAUAUAAUUGUCACCUCCAUUUUGAAGUGGGUCCUGAUGGGUGCAGCGGGCAGCCGCGCUUCUGGGAUCGCUUCCCUUUGCUGUGGUCAGGCUGCAGGCUGACCCACGGGGUGCAGCAGGGCAUGGUGGGGUUUGAGGUCAGAGUGGAAAGGAAGUUGCUGAUUUCACAGGCAGAAGAUGGAGAGGUCAGAGAGCCGUAUGGUUUGAGGGUCGGCUGGUCAGCGGCUGACAGCUCACUGCUGCUGGGUGAAAAUGAGCUCUCUUUUGCUUAUGAUGGGAGAGGAAAAAAAGUCCAGAGUGGAAAAGAAGAGAUGUUUGGAGAGCCUCUCACUGAUGGGGACAUCAUAGGCUGUUAUGCUUCUUUCUCUGCAGACCACGUGGAGCUCUCUUUUCAUAAGAACGGCCGUUUGAUGGGUGUGGCCUUUUCCUUCAGCGUCUCCAGGCUGCGUGGUCGCGCUCUGUUCCCUCACGUUCUUUGUAGGAGCUGCUCUGUUCGACUGUUUUCCGACCCUGCCGCUCCUGAGUGGUAUCCCGGUCCUCCUGGCUUUACAUCGCUGACAGCUCUUCCUACCAGGCAGAGGAUUCGCUCCUCAUCAGCUCCUCCUUCCAAAACCCAGUGUGAGGUGGUGAUGAUGGUGGGCCUUCCUGGUUCCGGAAAGAGCUUCUGGGCCCAAACCCACAUGAAGGAACACCCAGACAAACACUACAAACUGCUGGGAACACAGGAGCUGCUCACUUGUAUGAUUAGCGGCGGUCAGAAGGACAACAGGCUCCAACAGGCUUGUCAGUGUUUGACUGAGUUGAUCAAGAUCGCUGCUCAAACUCCAGGAAACUACAUACUGGACCAGUGCAACAUCCUUUUCUCUGCACUCCAUUACAAGCUGCAGCUGUUUGCAGGCUUCAGGCGCCGCGUGGUGGUCGUCUUUCCUCCAGAAGACGAGUGGAGAAGACGACUGUUGGAACAACAGAGGAACGACAAAGAUCACAUCCCUGAGAUCGCCCUGCUGAAACUACAAGUGAGCUGCAGUCUUCCAGAGACUCAUAGUGACCUGCUGGAGGAGCUGCAGUAUGUUGAGCUGCCUCAGGAUCAAGCACAAACCCUCCUAAAGAAGUACAAAGAUGAGGCUCGCAGGCUGCUGCCCCCUACAAUCCCCAAACAGCCAAAGAAAAGGCCCAGACUGAACAAGACGAGACCCCAUCCUUACGGCCCUCCACCAUCACAUGUGAUUCAGUGGCCUGGGCUUCCUGGAUGGAACAAUCCACUGCUCAACAUGCAAACAUGGAGUCAGCAGCUGCCAAGAUAUACUUCUGCAAAUUUUCCAUGGCUCAAGACAUUGGAAUUGUAGAUUUGGACAUCCCUACACAAUGGGGAACACGCCUCACCAGGACCAGAGCUUCUCCUUCAACAAAGACUCAAAGUGCAGCUGACAUGAACCUUCCUGGUGACAAACUCUCUCUCUGCCACAACAACCAUGGAUUAUUAUUUACCAGCAAGGUUGGCUGUAUUUACUGGGUUAAGGCAACUAUCAGUCGAUUGGUUUGGGGUUUAAAUCCCAGCCUCAACAGUUGAUUAUGGCUAAAACACCAAACAUUAUUGCCCUCUAGCGAUUUGAUCCACAUCAUAAUGUGUGGCUGACGAUCCGAUUCAUUCUUUCAGUUCAUUUUUAACAAUUCACUGACCUAAAAUGGAUCCAGGAUAUCUUCAGUCAAAACCUAAACCAGUGAGACUCGGGGAUAAUACCUGGUUUGCUCAAUUCAAAUUGUUUCCACACAUUGGACUGGAAUGAUGGACUGAUCAUCGUUUGCUGCAUCACAUGUGUGUUGUUCACUGUGAUGGUAAGUUUUAUGUUAUAGUAAAAUAAACUUACCAUACUUGAAUUCUAAUAGUAUUUUCCACUUUCAAUUCCUUUUGAUUUAUUUUAUUUUACAACUAUUUUAUAAUUGUAAAGGUCGAUUCAAUUAAUAACUUGCCUCAGGCAGAUCAACCUAGUUCUAGUUGGAUCUUAAAGUAAAAAUAAAUCUACCAUGUGUCAAUCCAAAUGGUAUUUUCCAACAUCAAUUCAUUUAUUGAUUUCUCAUUUUGAAACGAUUUUUUACCGGUUUGAGUCGAUUGGAUUCUGCCUCAGACAGAUCGAUCUGGUCUGAUCGUAGGAUUGAUUAAUAGUUACUCCCCUGUUGCCCUCAGUAGUAAAUAACUUGUAGGUUGCAUUGGAUUAAAAUAUCUUUUAAAUGAAAAAAGUAAUAAAUGCAUUCAUAUUGUAUAAAUGCUUUACUUUUUUAUGUAAAAACAAAAAGAAAUCAGAUUUUUAUUCAAAAAAGUUUAAUAAAAUCAACUCCUGGUUUUGUACAGUUUCCAGAUUUUGACUAACAUUGAGUAUUUGCUGUUUUAACUCACAUGUGUUACAGUGUGACGCUUAGUGGGAAUAAAAUCAGCUCACAUCA